AUGGUGGCGCCCAGUUGUGUUGUGCCGGGUCUCUUGGUCUGGGGUACGGGCCAACGUUUGGAUAAUUUCUUCAUUCUCGUCUCAAAGCUAUUUUGUUCUGCCGCCGCUGCCUCUAGGCCCCUGGAUGCCCAGCGAUUAGCUGAGAGGCUCCGAGCCCAGAAACAGGAACAAAAGAAGGAGCCGGUGCCGGCAAAUCCAGUUCAGCGGAGAGUGCGAGAACUAGUGCGGUUCACACAACAGCUGCAGCGAGUCCACCCCAACGUGCUUGCUAAGGCACUGAGCCGAGGCAUUCUCCACCAGAACAAGGACCUUGUGGUCAUCAAUAAGCCUUAUGGUGUCCCUGUGCAUGGUGGCCCUGGAGUCCAGCUCUGCAUCAAUGAUGUACUGCCUAUCCUGGCAAAGAUGCUUCAUGGCCACAAGGCAGAGCCCCUGCAUCUGUGUCAUCGGCUGGACAAGGAAACUACGGGUGUGAUGGUGUUGGCUUGGGAGAAGGAAGUGGCACAUCAAAUCCAACAGUUGUUUAAAACCCGUCAGGUGACCAAGAAGUACUGGGCCAUCACCGUGAAUGUCCCCGUGCCCUCAGUUGGAGUAGUUGAUAUCCCCAUCGUUGAGAAGGAGGUACAAGGCCAGCAGCAACACCAUAAGAUGACGCUGUCCCCGAGCUACCACAUGGACAAUGGGAAAAUGGUGAAAGUACGUACCAGCCGGAAUGCACACACUGCUGUGACUCAGUACCAGGUGCUCAGCAGCACUCUCUCCUCUGCCCUCUUGGAGCUCCAGCCUAUUACCGGAGUAAAACAUCAGCUUCGAGUUCACCUGUCUUUUGGAUUAGAUUGUUCAAUCCUUGGUGAUCACAAGUACUCAGACUGGAAUAAGUUGGCCCCCCAGAAGCUGUCUGUUGGCACCCUGAAGAAGUUGGGGCUGGAGCAGUCAAAGGCCCGCCACAUUCCUCUUCAUCUGCAUGCUCGGCAGCUGAUCCUGCCUGCCCUGGGGUCUAGGAAGGAGGACCUCAACUUGGUCUGCAAGGUUCCUCACUUCUUUGUGUGUUCCCUACGCCGCCUGGGCUUAAAGAUGCCCAGUAAGGAUCAAACAGAAGAUGAUCAGGCUGGGCACCUGGGAGCACAGUGA